CUGCCCAUCGUCCUCGCGCUGGACUCGGAGCUCUCUAUGUCACCUUAAAGCUUUCGGACACCUAUGAUACACCGGGAAGUAUGGACGUUAUCAUCUUUUCUAUAUCUCUUCGCUCUUCAAGCUCUCGACGGCCUACACGAUACUCAGAGUUUAGCAGGGCGAUUCUGCCCCCGUUGGCUGCAAGAAGGACCGUUACCUUCAGCAUCGCUGCAUAAUUGUAUUUUAUUAUUACCUUCUAUUCCUGACCUUCAUUGUCGUCAUUCCAACAACGACGCUGCUGUCUUUCUCAAAAUGUAUCUGUUCCCAGUAUCAUCACUUUCGAUGACGGAAGUCAUGACUAUCUUCUUGCGACCGAUAUCGGUGCUGGGAACUGGAGAACUCGUCAAGGAAAGGCAGAUACUCACGGAAUUGUCUGCUCUUCACCGUCGCUGGUAAUGCUAUUCGACCAUCGACAAUACGCGUUGAAUCCAUGGUUAGGACAAUUCCGAUAACUUUCUUCUCAUUUAUGUGCGCUUUCUUUGCGACAAUGGAUGGUUCACGGCGCGGACAAUCGCUCAACGCAGUCAGACCGCCAAUUUCAGGCUUUCGGUCGCCGUAGAAGACAACCGACAAGCCGUGAACA